UCGCCCCUACGCGCUCUACGCUCUCGCCCACUGAAGAUACAGGGCAGGCACCAAUGGCGGAAGCCUUGCUAGACAGUGUAGUGACUGACAGAGACAUAGCGAUAAUAGCACAGGAGUAUCUAACGAAGUGGGAGGAAAUAUCUCCGUUUCUGAAACUAAAAAACGUAACAGAUGAAAAUAUACGAAGGACGCCCGGCGGCUACCAAGAACAGAAGAAAGCGCUUCUGAGAGAGUGGAAGAGGUUGCACAGCAGCAACGCCACCUUCCGGGUUUUGAUCCGAGCAGCAGAGGAGGCCAAUAACAUGAUGUUGGCAGACGAGCUGAGAUGUAUGCUGGAGAACAAUAAUAUUGAACGCGUUUACCGUGCAGACUCUAAUGGCUCCUCUGGUAGAGACAAGACAGAUUGUGUUUUUACUGAAGGUCACACUGGGUCUGGUGGUAUCAUUCAAGCAGAUUCUGCUGCCAAUGAGGCAGGAACAGUGAGGUUGAGAGAGCAAUACAGUAGUCUAGAAGAAUCUUCUUUGUCUCAGUCUGGCGAUAGAGUUGGUGGUAUCAUUGAGUCAGAUGAAUCUGGAUAUUUUAAUAAUGUACCAGGUGAACAUGGUGUCAUAAGUGUAUUAACAAUAUUGCAUUACCCAGUGUGGUGUUUCUUUCUAGUGAUCUGUUUUUCCUUGAUCGUGGCAUGCAUUUCGUAUUAUUUCAUCGGUUUAAUAGCAGCCACUGCAAUUUUUUUCCAUCUUGCUAAUGCCUAUAGUGCUGUACAAGAAAUAUUUUAAAGAAGGUAUGCAAUGUUAUUGCAUAGCAUGAUCUAUGAUGAGUUUUCUUUGUAGAAAUUCGACAGAAAGAUUUCUACUUGAAUAAGUAUAGGGGGAUUCUAGUGCUAGUAACUUGCAGCUACAAAGGGACACUACCAGGAACAGAAGCAGACAGAGCUGAAAUGGAACUUACAUUCAAAAGACUUGGCUACAAUGUUGUCCAACUUUGUAACGAGGGAGCAACCAAGUCUGCAAUAAAAACCACACUGAUACAACUGUCGGAUUACUUGAGCCGAUAUUGUGGCCCAACGACCGACCGAGCAUUGGUGUUUGCUUUCUCUGGACAUGGAGGUCGUGGAGAUAAACUCGUCUCCCGUGAUAGAAAGUCACUCUCCUUGAUGAACGAUAUUCUACGGCGCUUUGUUAAACAUCCUGGAAUGCGUAGGAUACCAAAACUGUUCUUUAUUGAUGCAUGCCGAGGAAGCAACAAGAUUACCAAGAGUCUCGAACAAACCGUGAAAGAUUUUGAAGCUACGACUAAAGGUCUCUCGCACGAAGAAGGCAACUUUCUUAUUGCCCAUGCCACCAUUGAUGAGCACGUUGCUCACGAUAGAUACUGGAUGCACAAGCUGGCUAAGAGGAUCAGAGAAAAUUUGAAUGUACCACUCACAAAGAUCCUGGAUGACUUGGCAGGAGAUGUACCCUGGCAACAGCAACCUGAGUAUACUAGUCGCCUGAGAGGCAGUUUCGACUUCAGAAUAAACUGAGCAGUUAUGUAUGAGACUCAUUUGAUACAUGGCUUUCCAUGCGAUAGGUAUUUAAUACUUUUGCUAGGUUUUGUAUGAUAGUUUUGAUAUUGUUGUUUACAAUCUUAUGGCUACUAUAAUUUAGCUAACGCUCAGGUACACUUUCACUGUUGUUAAUAUAGCGUGAACAGCCUUCCAGUUUAAUGUUCAGUUUCAGUGUGUCUAUAAUAUAUUGCUGUC